AAUGCCGCCGCCUCCGACAACGACUCUAUAUUAUUGGAGGAACCAGAUGAUGACAAAGUGGAUGAAGUACCAUUCAAAGACGGAGAUUUUGAAGUGCCAACAGAAAAUACAAAAUCCAUAAUUGCAAAGAUGGUUCGUGUGGGUGGACCAAAAGUUGACUCGAGAGUCAAUGGAGAAAAUGGCUCUUGAAUUUAUCUCGAUGGCUGAGAUCGCUUGCUGGAGUUAGUGAUCACGCAACAUGGCACGUCGCUUUUCGUCCCCUUUGGACCAGACCAACCAAAUUCACGAUCCCUGAUCGAUGAAGCAAGUCCAACGAGAAUUUGGGACGCUCGGACUUCAAUUAGAGCCCAACCUCUUCCUGGCCCAACCAAGUUUACAAUAUCGAACAUUUCACUUGGCCACACGUAACAUUCCAUUGCACAUCAGUGAUUAAUGGCGUUGAAAAUGACAUGACAUGAUAGGACACGGCUUGGAUUAAUAAUUUCUCAGGUUCGUUACCCGAGCCAAUAGGCAUGGCAAAGCUUUCUUAAUCAUACAAGCCAAGCCAAGCCAGCCUAUGUAUAUAUAUAUAAGGAUCAGUUGGGAGCAGACAUUAAACAGCCAUAUGUGAAUCGGUUGGUUCUCGAUCCAUGGACUGUUUUUGCUAAAUUGAGUGUGUCUCCUUAAGCUUCCCCGAAUUGUAAUUGGACUCUCGGUUGAUAUAUUUGCCAGCAGCAGAAUGAAGAAAGAGGAAGGGCAGAAGAAUAUUGUUGGAGACUCUGAGAAUGACGACCGAGACAACGUUAUAUCGGAGCCACUUCGUAGUGCCCCAUCACCCCCUGUAGCUGCCCCGGUCCAAGCGUCCCCACCCCCACCAACCCCUAGAACUGCCCCGGUGCAAGCGCUUGUACCCCGUGGAGGUGGAGCAAACUGGGUGAAUAAAGCGAAAGAUGUAAUCCGUGAAGAUGAAGUUUUUGAAGGGCCAACGAAAAAUGUACCAAAAAAGCAGGACGGCUCCCCCAGUCAUGCCAUCGAUAUUUAUGCAUCAGGCACAUUAUCAACUGAAAGUGGUUGGUGUAUGGAUGCCAUCACAGAGAAAGUGGAUUUACAAAAUGGACCAAGAUACGAUUAUACAUGGAUAAAGGAUGAUUUGGAACCAAGAUACGAUUAUACAGGGAUAAAGGAUGAUUUGGAAGGGGACAACUCUACAUUGGUACUUAAGCUAAAAUCUUACAAAAAAUGGCCCAUAGAGCCAGAGCAAAAAAUCUUGAAGGUUCCAACCAUGCUUCCUCGUGAGAUCCACGAGUCCCAUAGCGUCUACGAUCCCAAGAUAGUUGCAAUUGGCCCAUACCACAACCCUUGCUACACCAAUGACAACCCCAAGCUAAACCACAAGCUAAAACAAAUGGAAGCUAUCAAAAUUCAAUUUACACUAGAGUAUACGAAUCAAAGUGAAAAAUCGAUAGAGAAAUUGUAUGAAGAGAUGGAAGAGUUGUUGAUUGUUGCUAAGAAUCAGUAUGACAAACACGUAAUAGAUGCCUUUGACAACAAGAAGUUUGCAGAGAUGAUGUUUAUUGAUAGUUGCUUUCUCAUCCAGUUCAUGAAUAGUUGUGUGUACCCUGAGAAGAAUAAUAUAAAGAUCACAUAUCUUGAAACAUCACUCAUUAUGCGUGAUAUUAUGUUAUUGGAAAAUCAACUCCCUUUUAAGAUCCUCAUUGAACUAAUGAAUUUGAGCUCAAGGUUUAAAGAUGGUAUAGGAGACAAGAUGAUAAAUGAAUUCAUCAAGCUAAUCAUGAAUGACUUUUGUACUGAAGAAGCACCAAGAAGGAAGACUUGUUUUGGGUUUUGCAAGACAAAUUCUAAGUCAAAGGCAACAACCAAAGAAAAGAAAAAGCCUAUUCAUCUUCUUGAGCUUGUUCAGACUAAAUUUGUUGAUGAUGAAGAAAUAAGAAAUGGGACUAGGAAGAAACCAUCUUCCAAUUGGUGCUCAUAUCGCUCAGUUAAGGAGUUAAAGUCAGUAGGAAUACAUUUGCAGUGUAGCGAGAAGUCACGUCGAUUCUCUGAUAUCACAUUUGAUUAUAUGCUCUUAUAUGGAAGGCUCAGCCUCCCCCACAUAACCAUCGAUGAUGGAACCAAGUCUUUGCUUUUGAAUUUGGUGGCCUUUGAAGCUUGCGACACUCAAAGUAAUUUUGGGGUUUCCUCCUAUGUUUAUUUCAUGGAUACAUUGAUUGAUCAUGCUGAAGAUGUGAAGGAACUACGGUCUAAAGGCGUAAUCCUCAACCUUUUGGGCAGUGACCAACAGGUGGCGGACCUUUUCAACGAGAUAAGUGAAAAUUUGGUGCCCGAUAGUGAAGUUUUUGGAAAUGUUAAGCACCGCCUUAACAACUUCUAUACAAGCCACCGAAGGUUGUGGUUGGCCGAAUGUUUGCACAAUCAUUUUAGAAGUCCUUGGGCCAUAAUUGCUUUCUUUGCUGCAAUUGUUGUCCUGGGCUUGACCAUUGCUCAAACUGUUUUUUCUGCCAUUCAACUUUAGAAACUGUAUUGCAUUUUAUCCUAUUAUUAUUAAAUUAUGUUUCUUUCUUUUUUUUCUGGGGCAUUUCUUUUAAUAAAUGCAGAAUUUUAAUCAU